CUUGGACUGCAGGCGAUCAUUAUGUCCACGUGAUCCGGUACAGACACGGAGGCACAUAAUACCGGCGCUUACUCGACUCGCGCACUCUCCGCGAGCCCGCUACAGCCACCCAUCCUAACGCACAAGACAACCCCACUAACCAGCCCCCCCACAUCGAGCCCUCAACAUGAUCAAGAUCUGGAGUAUGAAGAAGAACGAGGAUGCGGCGGCGAAGAAGAAGCCUAAGACUAGUGCAGCGCAGAUCCGUGUACAGAAGGAUCUUACGGAGUUGGAGCUGUCGUCUACGAUGAAGACACACUUCCCAGAUCCCUCUGAUCUCCUCAACUUCACGCUCACAAUCACUCCGGACGAAGGCAUGUACAAGGGCGGCGCGUUUGUGUUCUCUGUGAACAUCAAUACCAACUAUCCACAUGAGCCACCAAAGGUCAAAUGCACACAGACGAUCUACCACCCAAAUGUCGAUCUAGAGGGCAAUGUCUGCUUGAACAUUCUGCGGGAGGACUGGAAGCCCGUACUAAACCUGAACUCCGUCCUGGUCGGCCUUCAAUACCUGUUUCUCGAGCCUAACGCGGACGACCCUCUGAACAAAGAUGCUGCGGAGGAGUUGCGCAAGAACCGGGAGCAGUUCCUCCAGAACGUGAAGACGUCGAUGCGGGGAGGGAACAUUCGUGGGGUGCAGUAUGACAAGCUCAUCGCGCAAUGAUAGGGCAGUGGCAUGGCGCCUGUGACUCUAGUCGGUCCUUGUGCGUGAGUCAUGCUGUACGCGGGCCAUCGGCUCGCGGAGUGGGUUAGAUGUGUAAUAUGCUGUUCACUUAAUCUCCAUGUAUCUGUGCGCACGCAUACAUCCACGUCGUAGAAUUGUACAGUCCUUUGCAUUGACUUUCUUUAGUUCUCUACCACCUGUCUGCGCCAUCUCAUUUGAAUCGAAACAUAUGUAACACUUGCUGACUAUUGCUACGCACGCAGCUGGACAGACAUGUCCACAUCAUGAUGAGUGGAACCUCGAUCUCCCUUUAUGCAAUGUAGUAGUUGCAGUGAAACGUUGAGGGUUCAUAGCAUCUAAUCCAUGUCGUUGGAUUUGGCCGC